AUGUCUACCACCACUGACACUCCCGAGAUCAUAAUCCCUCGUCCCGGGACAGAGGUCUCAUCUCCAAUAUCCUCAGUCCUCGGCUCUUCUGAAGAGUCCUUUACAUCAACAUUUGGAAAGCUUUUGCCUAGGGCUCAAUUCCUCUCCACCAGAUAUGGGAAAAUCGCAUAUUAUACUUAUGCACCCCUCGCCUCAACAUCUACUUCCUCCUCAGGCUCUACUGUCCCUUCGGUUCCUGCGAGUCCUUCGGGUCAAAAAGUGCUCUUACUCCAUGGCGUCCAAACACCAUCCCUAGGCCUGCAGCCUGUAGCCGAAAACCUCCACUCCCAGUUUCCGCAAGCGGAGUUUGUACUAGUGGAUCUCUGGGGCCAUGGACUUUCUUCAACUCCUCUGGUAGCACAUACACCCUCUCUCUUCCACUCCCUCAUCUCUGCUCUACUUGAGCAUCUUCAAUGGUCUUCUUGUCAUUUAGUCGGAUAUUCUUUCGGCGGUGCGACUGCAAUCUCUUAUCUCGCCGCAGAAUCUCACUCUAACCCCACCAAAACCAAAAUACAGAGUGUUUCUCUCAUCGCACCAGCAGGCCUCUGGAAAUCUCCAGGCUUGGACAAAAAGAAAUUGUACAGUACCGAUUUUGGUGUCGCCAAAGCACAUGUGCUCGAUCUUCUUGAAGGCGGUCCUUUGAUCGUUCCCUCAGACUGGGAGUCUCGUGUGGCUAAUGGUGAGAUAGUGGCUGAGAAAGUGAGGGAAUGGCAGAUGCAACACCAUGCCGCACAUACAGCGUCUGUGGUGGCUAUCGUAAGGGACGGUGGUGUUUUUGGACUCGAGGAGGAAUAUUCCAAAGCUGCAAAGUUAGGGGUUCCUGUAUUAGCAGUAUUAGGAGAAAACGAUGAUGUAGUGUUCGAGAAGGAUCUAAGAGCAGUAGGCGUGGAGAAUGUAGUUGUGGUUAAAGGAGCAGGACAUGCUGUUGUGAGGCAGAAAGUCGAUCAAGUUGCGGGACAUAUUCAAGAGUUCUGGGAUGGGCUGCAGGUGUAG